AUGUCUCUCAAACGAAUACCACUAUUCUUUCCCGGACCACUCGUCCUACUAUUCGUCACAAUUUCUGUUCGUUUAACUGUGGCAGAAAAAUUCCUACUGUAUCAUGUACAACCGAACGAUUCCCGAGGAAUGAGAGAACUGCGUAAGCUACAGAUGAUGGAUCAUAAAUAUCAGGUCGAUUUCUGGAAGGAGCCGAAUCAUUUCGGCGAUUUUGCUGACAUUAUGAUCUCAUCGAAGAACGCUUUGGACAUGGAACGUCGAUUCCGACGAGCUAAUAUCACCUACGAUAUUCGUGUGCCGGACGUGGAAAAGCUGAUCAUUCGAAACGAGCGGACUAACAGAAAACGAACAGGUUAUGGACGACGUGCUCAUGACGAUCCAAUACUGGAUAGCGAACCUGAUGGUGAUCUAUCACGUGUUGGGAAAUUAAAGAAGGCGAAAUAUUCGUUUGGAGACUAUGCAUCCUACGCAGAUAUGAUGAAAUAUAUGCGUACCAUUGAAUUCUACUAUCCAAAUAUUACAAAAAUUGUUCGUCUUGGUGUCACACACGAAGGGAAACCGAUUGAAGGAAUGAAGAUUGGUUACCCGAUAUCUGCCACAAAUAAACGAGCAAUAUGGGUAGAUGGGAAUAUUCACGCUAGGGAAUGGGCAAGCAGUCAUACUGCACUCUUUUUUAUAAACCAGCUUGUCUCCGGGUAUGGUAAGGAUGAUACUAUAACCCAUUAUGUGAAUAGCCUCAACUUCUACGUGAUGCCUUGCCUGAACCCGGAUGGGUAUGAAUACACAAGAUCUUCACCGAAUCCCAGCGUUCGACUGUGGCGCAAAAAUCGUUCACCCGAAAAAUGUCAUCGUUCAUUGUGGGGAGGUGAAAAAUGCUGCCAAGGUGUCGAUCUGAAUAGGAAUUUCAAAUUCCAUUGGGCUGAGUCCGGCUCCUCCUACGAACCAUGUUCUAAUAUUUAUCAUGGCGAUCACGUCUUCAGUGAGCCAGAAUCACGUGCUGUACGCGACUUUUUGGACUCGGAGGAGUUGCGUGGGAAGGUGGACGGGUUCAUUACCUUGCACUCUUACGCCCAACUCUGGAUUUAUCCCUAUAGCCAUGCACAGCAGAACUAUCCAGAGGAUAUUAGCGAACUGCGUCGCACCGCACGCCGAGCGAUCAAUCGACUGCAUCGUCAAUACGGGACCGAGUAUCGUAUGGGGACUGGAGCGGAUACGUUGUCGCCUGCUUCUGGUGGUUCGGACGACUGGGCAAAGGCGAACGGCAUCAAAUACGUGUAUCUGGUGGAAUUAAGGCCUGAAUACGAACUGUCGAACGGAUUCAUCCUACAUAAGAAGGAGUUGAUUCCGACUGCAGUUGAAACAUUUGAAGGAGUGAAGGAAGUGAUUGAAGCGGUGCUCGAACACAAUAAAAUCCGUCGUGAUCCGCUAUCGCGCAUUGCUCCACAACUCCGUAGAAAACAGCUAUAUCGAAUGCAUUUAUUGGGCCUAGCGAAUGGAAUGAAAUCGACAUUGGCGAGCAGCGAAAAAACGUCCACAUCACUGGCAACCGUCACUCCAUCGACGCCUACCACAACACAGCAAACGACUACCAUAACAGGAAGUGGGUCAGAAACAACCGGAGCCCCAGAGAUUUUCGUACCCACGAGGGCUCGACCAUGGCUGACCUAUCGACCGCGCGAGCGACAGACAACAAAAUGGAGAAGCAUGCAUUUUGACAAAUAUACAACUACGACACCACAUGCGGAAAGCACCGUAGCCGACAGAACGGACACAGUCACCGGUGAUCCGAUAAAAAUCAAUGGCGAUGUGACGACAAUGACACCGUCAUCGGAUGAGUUCACGAUGACAUCAACUGAUCAACCGACGCUAACAACGAUGCCACGACGUACCACAGAGAUUGUGUUCUUCACACAUACUCGUCCAUCAACGUUUCGAGAUCCGAAAUGUCGUGACAUGCGUUAUUCGUGCGCAUUUUGGCUACAACAUAAUCCUGCGGUAUGUUCGGAACAGGAGUCUUUUAUGAGAGCACAAUGUGCGUACACAUGCAAAUUUUGUAUCUCUGAGUUGGACACGCAAGAUGAGGCGGAAAGGAAAAAACACUAA